AUGACAGUUGAAUUACCGACGGAAAAGAAACUUCGGCUCAGAAGCGAAAUCAGAAAGUUCAGAGUAAAUCAAGAAUAUAAGAUUAGAGAUUUCGCUAAACUUGUGGGCACUUUAGUUUCGUACUGUCCAGCGGUAAAGUACGGUAUGGUUUAUACCAAGGCAUACAAGAGGGCUAAAUAUCUCGCACUUCGUGAGAAUAAUGAUGAUUAUGAGGGUCUUAUAGCUAUCACUCGAGAUGUUAUGGAUGAACUUGAGUGGUGGAGGGCGACUGAUCAUUUAUACGAUAAACAGAUUUUGCUCCGAGUUGAUAAUACGACCGCGAUUUCCUACAUAAACAGAAUGGGCGGCGUUCAGUUCGAAAAAUUGAAUAGAUUGUCUAAAAACUUAUGGAAAUGGUGCGAGCAGAGAAAUUUGUGGAUUUUUGCGUCGUACAUUCCACCCGAAAUGAAUUACGAAGCUGAUACAGAAUCGCGAAAAUUAGAGUCUAACACCGAGUUCAAGCUGUCGCGUGGAGCCUUCGAGAAAUUAAGCGCAUUGUAUGGUAGACCAGACAUCGAUCUAUUUGCGAGCCGAGAAUGCGUCAAAAUUUUGGAAGAACCUUACCCUGAUUGCAGGAGUCUUGUCCGGAUGAGCUUCGAGAUGAAGGAGGUUCCAAAAGAUUCAAUGAAAAUAUUGUUGGCAUCGCUCAGCGACUCAUCAUGGAAACAAUAUGAUUCCGCUUUGAGGAAAUCGUGGUCUUUUUGCCAAACGAGAAAAAUCAGCCCGUACUCAAAUUCUGUUCCAGAUGUUUUAACUUUUCUGACAGAAGCAUUUGAAAAGGGAGGUUCUCAGGGCACAUUGAAUUCCUAUAGAUCCGCUAUUUCGUUGCUCGUAGGGCCAGAGCUAGCUCAGGAUUUUAGGUUAAAAAGGUUUUUCAAGGCGAUGAGUAGAUUGAGGGCGUCGAGGCCUAAGUAUAGUUCAACUUGGGAUCCGAAGAUGGUCUUAGAUUAUUUAGUUACGUUGCUGCCAAAUGAGAAAAUGAACUUGAGAGACUUGUCGUUAAAACUUAUCAUCUUACUCGCUCUUACUACGGGCCAUCGAAUGCAAACCUUUUCGCUAAUAAAAUUAGAAAAUAUUCAGCGUGAAAGUAAUGCAAUAGAAAUAAAUAUUCCUGCACAUAUAAAAAUAUCGAGCAAAAACAGGAAUCAACCCGUAUUGGUGUUCCCUUUUUAUUCAGCAAACGUCAUAGUUUGUGUUGCUUCGGCUAUGGAGUGUUAUACGAGGACCGUGAGUAUUCGAGGGUUAGUAAGUUCGCUGUUCGUGUCAUUUAAAAAACCGUUUGGGGCUGUUGGAGCUCAAUCACUUAGCCGUUGGAUCAAGGAAGUUCUGGGUAAAAGCGGGUUAGACACAGAUAUUUUCACCGCUUAUUCCACGAGACACGCGUCGACUUCGGCUGCGAAGAGAAAGGGACUUGAUUUAGAUACUUUAAGACGAACGGGGGAUUGGACUGUCAACUCACAAACUUUUGCCAAAUUUUAUGAUUUACCGUUAUUGAAUCCUACUGAUUCUUUUGCUAACACGAUAUUAAAUGAUUAA